GGUUGGGCCGCUUUGGCGCCGGCGAAGUGAAGCGGCGCGAAGGUUCGGCAUGGAGCGCGCGGCGGCGGCGGCGCCUGCGGGGAGGACGGUGGCCGGGAGGAACGCGAACUUGCCCUGGUAUAGCGCUAUCAAUCGAUGAAGGGCGGGCGGGGAGUGUGCUGUUGUUGCUAGGAGGCUGCGUGAUGGGGGCCAUUAGUUCCUCCCCCCCCCACUCCCAUAGUUUCUUUUCCGGAGGGCAGAGGGCUUAUAUUCUGCGCCAGGACUCCGCUCCGGAACCUGUUUCCCAAGCUAGGAUUUUUCCCUUGGGGGUGUUCUGUGUAAAUCAUGCCGAGAGUGUCCCAGAGCAUGUGCAGAGUGUUCUCCUCGCUCACCUUGCUGUUCUCUUUAUUCGUUCCGCUGCAUCUUCAUCCACGGAGCUCAGGGAAGCAAUGAGCACGGUGCCAUAGCUGUCAAUGUUUCUCUUUUUUUUAAGGGAAAUUCCCUUAUUCCGAAUAGGAUUCCUCGCAAGAAAAGGGAAAAGUUGACAGUAAUGCAGGGUGCUCUCUUUCCACCACCCCCUCUUCCUGGUGAUAGUGGUGGUCAUAAUAACAACAAGAAUAAAAAAGUGUAUUCCCGUGUUGUGUGAAUACAUAAUAACUGCAGCCAUAUAUUGUAGGAUUCGUUUCGGUCCCACACUUGGGAUCUUCUGUCGAAAGGUAGUAAAGGCAUAUGCGCAGUGCCAAAGAAUGAGGGGAUAAGUGCCAGCCUCAAGGGAUAAAAUGACCCAUUUUGAUAUGGCGGUAAGCGUCUGGGGUGGGGAUUCUUGUUUGGGAGGGCCAUUCUCUGCUGGGGUGAGUAGAAAGUGGUAAGCAAGCAAGGCAGCCUUUGAGCUCUUAGGCAAUUCUCGUCGUCAGGUAUGGGGUACCUUUGGCCCUCUGGAUGUGAUUGGAUUAGAACUCCCAUCAUUCCUGACGAUUGUCCAUGCAGCCUGGGACUGAUGAGAGUCCAGCCACACCUGGAAGCCCACAGGUUUCCCAUGUCUGUUUUGUGUGUGUGCGUCUUAUAAGAUUUCUAUCCCCACCCACCCAGUGUAGACAACCCUCACCUCCAAACUUAACUUGAAAUCCGAAGUUGAGCAGUCCUGGAUUCUAUCAGUCUGUGGCCCCUUCAUUCUGGCAAGGCCACUGUUAGAGGCAGUAAGCCCCUGAAUUCCAUUUGCUGGGAAUCACUAGUUGUAGGGAGAGUUGUUGCCCUUGGGGGCUUCCCAUGGGCACCUCUAUCUGGCCACUGUGAGAACAGGAUGCUGAACUAGAUAAGCCUUUGGUCUGACCCAGCAAAUCCCUUCUCAUGUUCUCCUGUAUGUGUAGAUCAAGCCUACACCACAUGUAGACAGGAUUUCAUCUGCAUUCUGUCUUUUACUGACAGGGUAGAAAAAUACCGACCUCAGACGCUGAGUGAUCUGAUUUCUCAUCAGGACAUUCUGAGUACCAGUAAGUAUCACAUACUUCCAGUACUUUUAUUUAUCACCUCAAAGCCUUUGGGAAACACAUAGUUUCUUCUUAAAGCAGGUUUUCCUGAUAGUGAGCCUCCCCAAGUCAAGCUGUCUCGAAAAGUACCAAAGUAAGGAAGGGCUGUUUAGCUUGUGAUACACCUUGUGAUAACAACAAGUGUGAUGACAAGAAAGGAAGAGGACUAAUAUGGCAUAGAUGAAGGGUCAUGAGCUGUGAAAAAGCAUGUAAUAUCUGUAUUCCUUAUUUGCAGUGCGUUGACAAAUGCAGCUGUUGCCUUUGGACAUCACAACAAACCACAGUUUAUUGUGACAGGAAUGAGCCUUUGCAAGCGUCUCAUCCUUUGGCAUGGCCACCAAGAGAUCAGACUUACCCAUUUCAGAUUAAUCAUAUUUGAUUAAUCUCAGAGAUUAAUCGUUUGAACAAGUCAGCUUGAUAACACAUGGUUUGAACUUUGUUUAUUUCAAACAAGCUGCAGUUAAAGUACAACCACAGUUUAGAUUGCAACAAGCUUCAUUAAUAAAAUAAAACAAGCAGAAGCUUUUGCUCUCACAGCCAAAAGGAGGGAGAGUGGAGUGACUUGGACCAACAGCUGUUUGGCCUGUCACCACCUGGUCGUUUGGUAAUUUUAACUUGGUUUAAAGGUUGGAACCUGCUUAUUUCUUCCCUCCAUCCCUUUUGCCUUUUGUGUCAUGCCUAUCAACUUGUAAAAAUUAAAUUCUUAAAUUGUUACCUUGAGCAUCAGAAAUGUCCUUUCACCUCUCCUACCAGUUCAGAAGUUCAUCAGUGAAGAUCGACUGCCUCAUCUCCUUCUCUAUGGACCUCCAGGGACUGGCAAGACUUCCACCAUUUUGGCCUGUGCUAAACAGCUUUACAAAGACAAAGCAUUUAGCUCAAUGGUCCUCGAGGUAAGGUAACCGAAAGAGCUCAUCAUCUUCUCUAGGCUCUUGUGCCCAUUCUCUGUGCAGAGGAAGUGAAGAAAUCACGCUGCACGAUUUAUAUUUUGUUAGCCUGCCCUAUCCCACUACUCAGGAGUGACAAUACUUUUCUUUGUUGCUCAUCUUCCAACAAACCUGUAAGGCAGUGCUUUUUUCUUUUAAAAAAAUGUUUAGGGGUACUCUCAUUUUCCUACUCAUAUUGAAAUACUGCCCCUCAAUGAAGCCAAACCUAGAUUCACAAAAUGUUUAGGGGUAUGCGUACACCUGCAUCCCCCCCAGGAAAAAAGCACUGCUGUAAGGUAUGCUGCUGACAUUCCUGUCAUAGAAAAUGGGAUGGAAAGUCAGAGUUUAUAAUGAGAAACCUACACGGGAGAGGUGGUGGAAUAACUUAAGCUCUUGGACCAGCUUCACUAGGUGCCUGUUUGUCUCUGAGCUCUAUGCAUAGUGCUGGUUUUGACUUAAAGCUCUGUGUGACCUGGGAGCAAGAGUCUUCUUUUCUUUAAAAAAGAGUGUUGGCUUUUCCAGAGUUUUAUUUUAGCAAGCUUCUGCAGAUAUGUGAUCAUAGGAUAAGCCCUGCUGGAUCAGUUCAUCAAAUCCAAUAUCGUACAUCCCACAGUGGCCAAGCAGAUGCCUCUCAGAAAUUCAUAAGUAGCUUGUGCAAUAUUUUAUAGGCAGGGAGAAUAUACAGUGGUACCUUGGUUGUCAAACUUAAUCCAUUCUGAGAAUCCGUUCAGUUCCUGGAACCAUUCGAAAACCAAGGCACAGCUUCCGAUUGGCUGCAGGAGCUUUCUGCAUUCAGUUAGAAGCCGCGUCGGAUAUUCUGCUUCCGAAAAACAUUCGUAAACCAGAACAUUCACUUCCAGGUUUGCGGCGUUCGGGAGCCGAUUUGUUCUGGAAUCAAACCAUUCGACAACCAAGGUACCACUGUACAUUUUGGUAAAAAGGAAAUAGGAGUGCUGACAACAUACUGUGUUAAGUGGUAUAUACAUUGUUGAAGCAAAUUUUAAAAAUACUUGUAUCUGAACUACAGGAUAGGAGAGUGUAAGAGAAGAAACAGGUCAAAUCUCUCCAUCUUUUCUGGCAAGAGGAAGUCCUUUAUAGCAGAGCUGCACUAAUUAACUGAUUUUAAAAUAGCACUUUCCUUAACUGAAACGGGAUUUCCCAAACUUCUGAGUUCAUUGACCCUUUGAUGAGUUUAUAAAGUUGUCAUUGACCCCAGCCAAAAUUCUUAGGAAUGUAAAUGCAAUAAAGUCAAGAAAUAUAUAUCUAUAUAUAUUAAAAACAUUUAUUAAUCAUCAGUCAUCAUUACUAAGAAUCACAAAAUGUGAAAAAGAAGGAGGAAAAACAAUAAAACAGCAUGUUCUGAGAAUACUAUUGAAUUGUGGAAUUAUUAGAUAUGGAAGUUUCUUGGUGGCAAGGGAGGGACAUGCCCUUUAUUUCUGAGACUCAUAGCUCCUAAUUAUAUUUCUCACACUGUACCUUACAAACUCCUCUCUGUCCCCAGGCCCUUUUUGACACGCCAUCGCCCCCGGUCUUUAUUCACCCACCUACACCUUCCCAUUAAUCCUGGGUUGGGGGGUGAGGCGGUCAAUACAGACCACAUUGGGAUACCCUGAACUAAAAUGCAAAAACAGAAAUGUCACCCACCCUCCAUGAAAGAAUUGCUGCAUACCUGCAUCAUCUGAAAACAAAUGAUGGGUUGUUGUUUUUUGCUUUAGAACCACUGUUGUUUUUUUCUUGCCUACAAACCAGUUGACUAACGCUCAUAUGAUUUUAAAUCCACAAAGAUUUCGUUAAUUGGAUGAGAGCCCUGCUGUUUAGCAGUUGGUUUCAAUGGCGUCUAUAUGGUGCUCACAUCUAUUUAAUUGUUUUGAUAUGAUAAUAAAACAGCCUCCUCCUGCCUGCCUCCUCCCUGUAUCCUUACUUCUAGUUUGUUAAAUCCCACUUUCCUUGCUUUUCAGCUCAAUGCUUCAGACGACAGGGGCAUUGACAUUGUCCGAGGGCCUAUCCUGAACUUUGCCAGCACGAGGAGCAUCUUUAAGUAAGUGCCCAGGACCCUCCGAGCCCUUCCUGAAAGUUCUCUCCCCCCCCCCCAAAAAAAACCCCUUUUGAAAUAGUGUGGUCGAUCCACCCACAGCCUUAACAGCCAGCACAUAGGGCUCCUUGCCACCAUGCGCCUCAAUUGAACAUAGAAUAGGUGCCCCUGGGAGUGAUGUGGGUUGGCGUUCUGUUGCUUCCUGGUGGGACUGAACAGAAAAACAUACUCAGACCACUUUGUAAGUAAUGCUUUUAACUGGAUGCUUCCAGACUGGUUUUUAAGGAUUUUCCAUUCAAAAGCUUAGACCUGUCCCAUCUUAAAACUGGGACAGACCAGGCUUCAUAAUAAGCCCCUCCCUCCCUAAUACCGCGUAAAAUUACUUGCACAGUUGAUAGAAAUAACAUUAAUGUGAACUUUUACAAAGAAGACCGUUGAAGCAUGGUUGUAUAACCCAAUACAGAGAAUACUUCUUAAAAGGGCUCUAGUUCAUCUUUCAAUUAUAACAGCAAAGUAGAAAAACCCAUUCCAUGCCCUGAAAAGACUCGAAUAAGCUAAUCCAGUGGUCGCCAACGUGGUGCCCUCCAGAUGUUUCCAGUCUGGUCAUCCUUGAGCAUUAGCUAUGCUGACUGGGGCUGAUGGGAACUGGAGUUAAGCAGCAUCUGGAGGGAACUAGAUUGGCUACUCCUGGGCUAAUCUUCAAGGCCAGGGCAACCAAUGUGAUGCUCUGCAUUGCUUGCUGGACUACAACACCCACCAGUCUUAGUCGUCUUGGUCCGUGGCCAGGGAUGAUGGGAUUUGUAGUCCACGAAGAUCUGUGAAACACCAUGUUGGCCCCUCCUGUCUUACACCCCAACCUGAGUCUUUGGUCUCCAGGUCUGUCACAGAAAGAUUCUGAAAGGUGACAUUUUGCAUACCCUGUGCCGUGUUUUUUAACUUAACCUUGCCACAUUGUCACCUAAGCUCGUCACUUUCAACCGUAGCCCGGAGUCAUUGUCCCAGUCGCCUGCUGAAGGUUUAGCCAGGGCUGUUCAAAAGAUGUUGCUUGAAAGCUGAGGUGUAUCCAUAGAAAAACCUCUUUGCCAGGCUCGACUCCGCCUUUGUUUCUUGAAGAUGGGUUGCAUCUGUGUCUUUGUGGUUUGCUUGAAGUUCUGUGUCCAACGUCAGUCAUCUUCUCCUUCCCUCCUGCUAGGAAAGGCUUUAAGCUGGUUAUUCUGGAUGAAGCAGAUGCCAUGACACAGGAUGCCCAGAAUGCCCUCAGGCGUGGUAAGUUUACCUUGUGCUGGGGGGAGUAAUAGUGUUGCAGGUACAGCGAGCUCACGAGGGUAGCAGUUCCUAAGGCUGUUCCUGCAGCAUCUCGAGGUUGCACUGAGAGAGGCUCCUGCUUGGCCCCCUGAAGAGCCUCUGCCAGUAGUGUAGGGUUCUCCUCAACGUGGAGCACCUGUGUUCAGUGUAACAUGCACACAAGCCGGUUGGAGGGAAAGGGAUGAGGAACCUGUGACCCUCCAGAAGUUGUAUGCCAACUCCUGUCUGCCCCAGUUGCCACGACCAGCAGUCAAGAAUGAUGGGAAUCGCGUCUAAGCAGCAAAGGGGAAGGGCAGCAGUGCAGGGGUAGAGCAUCUUUUGCAUGCAGAAGGUCCCAGAUUCAGUCCCCAAUGGUGUCUCCAGGUAGGGCUGGAAACAUCCCAUCUUGAACCCUGGAGAGCCACUGCCAGUCCGUGUAGACAGUACUGAGCUAGAUGGACCAGUGGUCUGACUUUGGUGUAAGGCAGCUUCCUAUGUUCUCAGCCUUAACUGCAUUCAGUAGGCCUCUGUCCCUGCUUCAGCCUCACAUGAGCUCAUCUCUCUUCCCAAUCCUUUGCACCACCUCUCCAGUGAUAGAGAAGUUCACCGAGAACACCAGGUUUUGCCUAAUCUGCAACUACCUCUCCAAGAUCAUCCCAGCCCUGCAGUCCAGGUGCACCAGAUUCCGCUUUGGGCCCCUGACUCCUGAGCUCAUGGUUCCUCGGCUGCAGCACGUCAUCGAGGAGGAGGGGUAAGUAAAAAAGCGCAGCUGGGGGGCAUCGUGGCUCUUCCCCUUUGACUGCGCCUGGCAACCGUCUUCCUCCGAUUUGUGCAAAUGUUGGAACUGUCGAUCUAGCGUUGGGAACAUCAGCCCUAGAGUACUUGAUUACAGCUCCCAUAUCUCCUGUGUAUUGAUUGAGUUUUGAGGAACUGCAAGGUUGGAGGGGACCAGAAAGUCCUUUUCUUCUCUGACCCUUGAGACUCCACACACACACACACACACACACACACACACACACCCUGCCGACCAUACCUGCCUCUGCAGCCAUGCCCCUUCCCAGCCCUGCUCCACACCCUCCUUGAGAGUUUUUGCCUGUCUGGAAUGUGUCCUUGAACUCUUGAUAACGCCUCUCGCUUGCCCAGCUGGUGUGUUUGUAGAAAUUAGCCUUCUGUACAAAGGUAGACUACACAUUAGUGGGCUGGGGGAAAAGUACAUCUGGCAACCAAUGUGCCACUUUGGUUUCAGAUAGUACAUGGGUAGGUGAGUCUAAAAAGCCUGGGACACAAAUUUUCAUGACCCUCUGGCCACCAUGGUGGGUCAUUUACCAGAAGUAAUGUAUUUAGCAUUAACUCUGGAGAUGUAUAGUCGAUUGUGACCAAACUAAGCCUCUUAGCUAAGCCUCCUAGGAGUUAACGCUAAAUACAUUACUUAUGGUAAAUGAGUAAUAGCCACUAGAGGGCAGUGAAAAUUUCUGUUCCAUGCUUUUUAGACUCAUCUACUAUCUGAAACCGAAGGGGUUCCUUGGUUGCCAGAAGUGAAAUACCUUGGCAUUUUUUUCAGCUCUCCCACUACAUUGCUUGCUCCUUCUGCAUUUGGCCCUGCCCACCACCAGCAUGUGGCCCUCAGAAGGUUGCCCAGAAAGCAUUGUUGCCCUCAGGCUGGAAAAGGUUCCUUUCCCCCUGAUUUAUUCUGUCCUUUUUUUGUCUUUCAGAGUUGAUGUAAGCGAUGAUGGGAUGAAAGCCCUGGUGACGCUUUCCAAUGGCGAUAUGCGCAGGUCUCUGAACAUCUUACAGGUAUGUAUGGCUUCGGCUUUCUGUAAAGAGCCAGCCAUCAGAUCAGUUCCCUGCUCUCAGAAGAACGAGUCCUGCUGGAUCAAGCCAAAGGUUUGCCAACUCCUGGUGUGUUUUCACCCUGUGGCCAGACAGUUGGGUGUGAAGACAACAGCUGUGCUGUGCGUCCCCCUCCUAUUGUUUGUCCCCAGCAAUGGAAUUUGGAGGUGGCGGACCUUUGCUUAUUGGUAGAGCACCUGCUUUCCAUGCAAAAGGUCCCAGGUUCAGUGUGUGGCCUCCAGGUUUAGACUGGGAAAGACUCCAUGUCUGAAAACCCUGCAAAGCGACUGACAGUCAAUGGAAAUGAUACUGAGCUUGAUGAAGCAAUGUUAUGGCUGGUUAUAAGAGUUUUCUAUGUUCCUACUUAAUUCAACCCUUUAUUUGGAACCAUGGGGACUAGAAACUUUGGUUUAUUUGUAUUCUUUUAUGGGAACGGCCACAGCUCGGUAGCAGUCAUCUGCUUUAAGCAUCUCCAGCUUGGGCUGGGAGAAGGUCCUUUCUGAAACCAUGGAGAACCACUGCCAGUCAGUGUAGACAAAAGUGAACUAGAUAGACCAGUGAUUUUUCUCAGUAUACGGUAGCUUCUGAAACCGGCACGUGUGUGUGUGUGUGUGUGUGUGUGUGUGUGUCCAUGCACAACAGCAAAUGCAUUGUACUCUCUCUGGAAAUAGCAUAUGGCUCUCUGAAUUCAAAAUACACACUGCACUGUGACAGUAUGUGAAGAGGAGUCAGUGAAAGGUGAAAAUGGGCCUGAGGGUUUGCAGCUCAGUGCCUGCCCUGCAACCCCCCUGCAUCUUUGCAGCAGCCUCUUCUGUUUUGUAGCAGCCUGUAGUAGAGGCUCGUUGUUUCUUUUUAGAGCCAUGACUUCAUCUGCAGCCACCUGCUUCCUCCUUCACCCCUUGGAUGCAGCACCCAGUUGGUGCCUCUCCCCACCCUCCCAAGUAGCAUCUUGCUCCCUCCUUCCCUCCCUCUCAACUGGAGUUGCCAGAUUCCUCCUAGUUCUUAACAGCAUUUUGUAUUGACACAGAUUCACUAGCCCACCUAACUAACACACCUCCAUAGUUGGAGGCAGUAAAUGAUUCUGAAGCCCCAGGUGGGGAGCGGCCUCUUGUGUUCAAAUCCUGCUUGAGGAUUCCCCCCAGGCAUCUGGUUGGCCACCAUGAGAAGAGGAUGCUGGACUAGAUGGGUCAUUGGCCUGAUCCAGCAGUUUCUCCUUAGCCGUCUGUUCAGGGAUGGCGGGAACUGGAGUGCAGAAGCUUCUGGAGGGCCACAGCUUCCCCUGCCCUGGUCUUAAAGUGGAGGCUGAAUCAGCUUUGGUUGUUGGUGUCAAUGCCUUUGUUCCUUUGCUGCACAGUGGUUUCUCUUCUCUUUCCCUGCCAGAGCACAUCCAUGGCCUUUGGAAAGGUGACCGAGGAGACAGUCUACACCUGCACAGGGCAGCCGCUCAAGUCUGACAUUGCCAACAUCCUCGAUUGGAUGCUGAACCAAGAUUUCACCACUGCCUAUCGCAGUAUCCUUUGAACCCCAUGCCAAGCGGAAAUCCACCUGCAAAGCAUUGGGCAUAAACGGUGCCCUAUAUUCCUGAUGUCGGCUGUUGCGUUUGUCUGCCCUUUCCUUCUUCAGCUGCACUGGUCCCCCCUUGGGGGCUUUCAGAUCUGGGUUUUCCGUGGGCACUCCAGUUCAGUAAGCAGGGAUUCAGGUAGGGAAUUGCAUCCGUUCUAUAGAAUGUACCUGUCGUGGACUUGCAGGAUGCAGAGGAGUGGUGAGAGACAGCAGCCGGGGAACCCCUAGGGAAGAAGGCUGAGGGCCAGGGGAUUGGGACGAUGAGAGAUCAGAGGGAGAAGCAGCAGCAGACUGGGAGGAGGAGAUGUUAGAAGCUGAAGAGGCAACAGGGUUUAGUGAACUGGGAGAAGCUGAGGCAGAGAACAGUUCAGACUCUGAGGUAUAGGGUGGCGUGGAGGCAGGUUGCUGAAGAAGCCAUGGGGCCUCCCUCUCCUGCUGCAAGCAGCUCGUCUCCCCUCUGGUCUCAAAGAACUCUGAGAAAUGAAACUGGCAGAGCAGAAGUUAGUUGUGCGCAGACGCUGCCCGAAACUGUGGGCAAGACCCUGGAGAGGAGGAGUCUUAGUGGACACUGGGAAAGCAAGGACCUUCAAUCCUCAAAAAUGCUUCUUUGGUGGAAGAUCUAGAAAGAGUUGCUGAGACCUCUAGACCUGAUCUGUGUUGUUUCCUUGAAUAAAGGGUAAACUUCACCUGCUUCAGGUGAGCUACUGCUUUGUUGAUGACUCCUACCCUUACAGUACCUCACCUUGACACUCUGCCCAGAUAUCAUGGAGCUGAAAACGUUGAAGGGUUUAGCUCUUCAGGACAUCCUGACAGAAAUCCACUUGUUUGUCCACCGAGGUAAAAAAAACCGCUUGGGGGUUGGAGGCUUUCUCUGUGUUCUGAGACAGAUCAGAGAGGCUGAUCCAAGAAAGCCGAGUGGUUCAGAGUUCUGAAACCAUGACGGCUGAGCAUGCCCAGUAGCUGUUGUGGUAUUGCCACUGUAGAGCAUGAUAAAAGGGGGACAUCUCUGCCUGUGACUGUGUGUCUGCAUGUGUGUGCAGGUCCUGCAUUUGGCAGAGAGGGACCUUAAGAAGGUAGCACCUUUUCCCAGCAAAGUGGUCCUAAAUGAGAACUUGGAACCCUUGUGGUGCAAAGCUCACAGAGUUUUCCAAACUGUCACAACACAUUAGUGCGUCAGUUGCAGUGUGUUGUGUGAACGCUCCCUGCACUUCUCCCAGGGCUGGAAAGGGGUUGGUUUAACCUCUGGUUUACUAGUAAAACUGAAUUACUGCGUCAUGAAAUGAUACAUGUCUAAAAAGCGUGUCACCAACAUGAAAAGUUGGGAAAGCUCUGGGAUAGUGUGUUUGACUAGGAGCUGGGAGACCCGGGUUUGAAUCCCCACUGAGGCAUUGAAGCUCAUUGAGUUACCUUGGGCCAGUCACUGCCUCUCAGCCUAGCCUAACUCCCAGGGCUGUUGUGAGGGUAAAAUACAAAGUGGGGAAGAAGCAUGUACAUCCACCUUGAGCUCCUUGGAGAAAAAAGCGGUAUAUAAAAAGUGAGAAAGAAAUCAAACAAAAGCCAUAUUCAUAGGCCUGCAUUCUCCUGUGCGAGAUUUAAAUUAUGAUCCUCAAUAAAUCAGCCUUGUGUUUAACCACUAUCCUAGUAGCUAUAGGUGACAAAGAAUAGCUUGCAGGCAAGUGAAUGGGGUGGUGGAUGAGGACCUGAACACCCAGCAUAGAAAAGAAGAGGCCACCUAGAGGGGGGAGCCCCCCGCCACCAUUCUUCCAAGUCCAGCACAGAAAUACGGCCAUCUUCUGCCGGCUCUCAGCAGGCUAGAGAACAACUUUGCAGGCUAGUGACUUUUGCAAGCUUCUUUGCAAGGUUGUAAUCGACAAGCAUGUCUUCCGUGACCGUUGUGGUGGAAUAAAAGGGAUUGUUGCCUUUUGGAAAAUGUCAGUGAUGGCCUUUUCUUUUGCUCUACAGUUGACUUCCCAUCAUCUGUACGAAUCCAGUUGCUGAUCAAGAUGGCGGAUGUUGAGUGAGUGUCACUGUACCAUAAAACCGUCGUCUCUGGCAGGCAGGGGUGGGGAUAGCUGCUCUUGAGCAGUGACCCAGAAUAUUGGAUACAUUCCCCUUAGUGUUCAAAGCCCUAAACUCAUUUUCCCCAAGCCCAGAACUCUGUUCCUUUCUUUCUUUUUAAUAAAGUGUUUUAGGGUAAAAUAGGCAUAGCUCACUUAAACUUAAAGCACCAAUUAACUGUUUUCCAGUUGUAAACUUAAGGGGUAUAUAUAAACAUGCAACAUUAGCUGUGGGCAGUUUCUGGAAGACAGGGAUAAAGUUGCAUUUCUUAAAUAUUUUCUCUGCCCCAUGAGGGCUAGAACCCUGCAUGCUCUCUUCCUCACUGUAAUGAAAGCCAAGAUUGCCUGGUAUGCUGGGUGGAAGGCUGAUAUGGGGUCCGAAUGGGCAAGGUCUUGGGUGAGCUGCUAUUAACAGGCUUGUCCUUAAACAGUUCCCCCUCCAACCAAAAGCUGCUUUAGCAUCUUGCUAUUGUCUUGUACAUCUGUCUGCCGCUUUAAAAAUACAACUGACCGGUAGGAAGACUCAUCCUCCAUCCUCUCCUUUUCAGGCACCGCCUGGCUGCAGGGACAAGCGAGAAGAUUCAGCUGGGGGCCCUUGUUGGUGCCUUCCAGGUCACCAGAGACCUGAUCACAGCAGAGGCUUAGAAAAGCCCCUUUCUCUCCAGCUUCUCGUCUGCUGUCCGGUCUACAGCUUCCGCUUCUGCAGCUCCAAAAGACAGAACUCCUGUUUGGCUGUGCAUCGGCGUUUAUGGUAGCUCUUUACUGAGCUCCCUCAGAAUUUAGGGUCACCUUAAGGCAGGGGUGGGGAACCCCUACCCUGCAGGCCAGAUUCGGCCUUGCAAUACCAUUCCUUGAAGCCAUGCCCACCUGCCCCUCACCUGCCAUCAGAUGUGAGACAGGCUCCCAAGUGGCUACAAAGGAGCAAUCAGGAGCUUGAAGUGAGCUUCAGUUUCUUCUUCCCUGGAGCAAGGCUGACUCCCACCUUCUCCCACCCCCCUUUUUAGCAGCUGGUUUCCAGUGAAAACUUUCGCCAAGUAGGCAGGACCACCCCACCAGUCAAUCAUAUGAUGUCACAACGACAUCACGCGAUUUACAGGUGGGUAGCCUCACCCACCUGCCACGGUUCAUAAAACAGAAAUGUGCUUUGGGGCAGAGGAGGGCAAUUAUUCAACAUGGUCUCCAGGUCUAGAUGGGUGCAGCAAGGUGCCAUGCAGGAACAGAGGGUGAGCACCCUUGGCUUCCAGAGUGCGGGAAAAAGGAAAACAGCUGCCUGUGUCAGGAGCGAGUAGCUCCCUGGAUGCUUCCAGACCGCCUAACUGCCGUCAGCCCCAACAAACAAUCAGAAAUCAGGGAAGUCGGGGUCCAGUACCAUAUAGAGGGCCACAGGUUCCCCUAAGUUGCUUGAAAGCAUCUCUUGAAAGGAGAUUCUUGAAGUAUUGCCUUCCUCCUAUUGAAAUGCAAUAGUGGUUUUUGUGUGUGUGUGUGUGUGUGUGUGUGUGUGUGUGUGUGUGUAUUGUAAUAAAGCCCGAUUUUAUUAGCACCUAGCCAAAGUGUCUUGGUUCAAUACAGU